CGAUGUGAAAUCAUAUAUAUUCUUGAUUUUUCAAAAUUUAUAGAGUAUGUAGAUUUUGCUUGAGCAACUAGUGCUGCCAGACAUUUCGGCCACGACCGACCAGCGCUGCCGGACUUUCUCUUCGAUAGGAACUAGUUCGAUGAGUCGAUAGGUUCGGCAGGUUCGAUAGACUUAUUUCGGUUUUGAGCGCAUUUUGCGACGACAGCAGAAACAACAACAAAAAAACAAAUAAAUGUAAUUAAAUGGAUGGAAUUAUUAAACGGCGUUCGCUGACGCUCAGCACUCGCUUGCUGCAAAAGCGGCACAGUGCCUCGCCCCAGAGCUGCGGGCGCCCAGGAAGCGGAAGCGCACAGGAUGUAAGCUGCUCCUCGGAGACUCCCGGAUCUCCCUCCUCUGCGGUCAGCAUCACAGAUGAUGUGGAGAGCACGCCGCCGCACAAGCGGCAGCCCAGCCUGGACGACAGCGUUGACUUCUCACCGCGCCUGGACGUCAGUCUGUCGCCGCAUUGCCUCUUCUCGCAGACACUUGCCAUCGAGAGCCCCGAGGUGGGCUGGCGCUGGAACCGCAGCAGCAACGCCACCACAGACAGCGGCUUCGAUUCGGCGGAGCUGAGCGUGCGGGACCGUCGCCGACAGAUCACAUUCAAGGGCUGCGAGGACCGACGCAGCCAGCUGGACAACAACCAGUGGCGAGCGCAACAGAUGCGGGCCCGGGAUCUGCUCAAAGAGCGCUGUGACAAGCUGCACCGCCAGCUGGACCAGGUGGCAGUGUCUGAGAAGGUGCCUGAACCGAUGGAAACGCCAAGAGUUUCUGUUCCUGUAGCUGCCCGUACCAGAUCGGCCAGUAAGAGGCCUUCACCGGAGUCACAACCGCCUGAGCCAGCUCUUCCUGUAGCUGAUCCAAUGGUGGACUUCCUGAACGACUCGGAGUCGGACAUGUUUCUGCUUGAGGCCUCGCAGCAACUAGAGUCCAAGCUAGAGGAGCAGAAACCACCGAAGCCAGCAGGCACCACACCGACCAGUCACCACAAGGCCAAGCGGCCAUCGUUUUACAUGAAGUUUCUGGAGGACGAGAGUGAGAGUGAGGACUGGCUAAGUGCCCUGGAGGAGGCAGUGCAGCAGGCCACUAUGCCGCCUAAGAAGCCGCGCAAUUCGCUGCAACGCUACAAGUCGAUGCCUACCACCGGGGAUGCGUCCAGCGGAAUCUCCACACUAACCAAUGUGAUGGCUGGUAAUGGACCGGCUACCUGUACAAGUGCCUCCUCCGCUUCCGGAUCUGCGCUAGCCGAUACGCCGCGUAUGAAGCGGCAUGCCAGCUCCCACGCCCUUUCCCCGGCAACCUCGCACGCUCGUGGAAAAUUGUUUGGCAGUCGGAAAUGAAAGGCGACACGGAUAACAGAUCAAACCCAUCUUCCCCGAAUGUGAUGAGAGCGUGGAUAAGUGUUAAGUAUUUUGAUUUUGUUCCAAUUUAGUUUGUUUCAUUUCUUAUUAUUUUCCUUGACCACUCGCCAGAAAGGCGUGCGCGCUAAUUGAUUCAUGCAUCUGUUAAGCGUCUUUGUAAAUGUAAAUUUAAGACUAAUUAAAAAUUAAUUGUAAUUUAAAA